UGAGUGGGUGAGGCUGUCAGUGAGAGAACAGGAUGAUGUCAGCGUCUCAGUUUACUAAGCACAAAGACUUGACUGCUGAGCGCUGCUAAAGCAGUGCGAAGAGCUUACUGUCACCCACCGCUCCCUAUACUAACCCGCGGUGCUUUAAAGUAGCCAUGGACAGCGAUGAUGACAACGUGGAGGAGACUGUAGAAGGCCCACUGGAUGAUGAUGGACAGCCUCAUGGGUUCUGUACAAUCACAUAUUCUUCAAGUGACAGGUUUGAAGGUAAUUUUGUUCAUGGAGAAAAGAAUGGCAGAGGAAAAUUUUUCUUUUUUGAUGGAAGCACACUUGAAGGUUACUACGUUGAUGAUGCACUUCAGGGACAGGGAGUGUACACUUAUGAGGAUGGAGGCAUUCUAACUGGUUGCUAUGUAGAUGGAGAGCUGAAUGGGCCAGCCCAAGAGUUCGAUUCUGAUGGUCGACUGAUCUUCAAAGGACAGUACCGUGAUAAUAUACGAAGUGGAGUUUGUUGGCUGUAUUUUGCAGAUGGAGGUAGCAUUGUUGGAGAGGCGAAUGAAGAUGGUGAAAUGACUGGAGAUAAGAUUGCAUACCUCUAUCCUGAUGGCAGGACGGCAAUGUAUGGAAAGUUCAUUGAUGGCGAGAUGAUAGAUGGGCGACUGGCAUAUCUGAUAUCAGUGGAGGAUGGACGGCCUCAUUUUGAACAUAUAUCUGACAGCCCAGUUUUCCAUUUUGACAAGUCAACGCCAUCUUGCAUUUCCACAAAUCCACUUCUUCCUGAUCCCUAUGAACUGGAGAGGGUGUACAUUGCUGAAUCUCUCAUUCUUCGAGCUGGAGAAGGGCUGUUUGCCACAAGAGCAGCUGGAGCUAAUACAGUGAUGGCUUUUUACAAUGGAGUCCGAAUCACACAUGAAGAAGCAGACUGCAGGGAUUGGAACGUCAAUGGAAAUACCAUAUCACUGGAUGAAGAAAUUGUAUUAGAUGUUCCUGAACCAUUCAGCAAUGUCAAGAAGUAUUGUGCAUCUCUGGGGCAUAAAGCAAACCACUCAUUUACUCCAAACUGCAAAUAUGAUCACUUUAUCCACCCACGUUUUGGGCCAAUCAAAUGCAUCCGCACCAUCAAAGCAGUGGAGAAAGAUGAGGAGUUGACAGUGGCAUAUGGAUAUGAUCAUAUUCCACCUGGGAAGACUACUCCAGAUGCUCCAGAGUGGUACCAACAGGAUCUGAAGACCUUUCAGGCAAAGCAGCAGCAUUGAAACACCAAAAGUCCUUCUUGCCAGAGAACUCAUGUCAAAACUAGUUGCUAUGCACUAUGUUUGUAUGAUUUUAGAGAACCAGGGAGUGCUCAUGCCAUUAUGUUCUAGGCUUACAUUACAGUUAACUUCAGCAGCUUUUCUUCAGCACUUAUUUUUCCUCCUUGUUUUCAUUAUUCUUACAAGGUCAGAUAUCUGUCUGUGUAAGGGGAGUAAUAAACCAAUGAAGUUUC